ACAUGCACUAAAGAUAAGUAAAGUAGAUGAAUUGGGGUGAAUAUCCUUUAUCCUAGGAUAAAGGAUAUUCUAAAUGUUUAUAUUAACUUGACAUGCAUGUGGAUGUUAACUAACUCAUAUUGUAAAGUGUGCUUUAAUGGGAACUAUCUUAAAUGAAACAUUAGUUGUGUAUUUCGUACCUUAAUAACAUCCCACAGAUAAAUUCUUAACUUGAAUUAUACUUAGCCAGGUCAUAAACAAGAUGGCUACAGUAGCAAGAAGGCAUGGUGUUGUUACCUGUGACUAGCUUAAUUUUGAUUAACAAUGUGUUAACAUUAACAUUUAGUUAACAUGUUUCUAUAUGUGACAAUAUUACAUGAGCUACUUAGGCUAAUAAGAAACAAAUAUUGCCAUGUUGAACAGAUUUUUGCAAUGACAUGUUAUUCAUAAAACAUGGAUUGUUGUGCGCGUUCACGUGAAUAGCGCGACCAAACCACACCUCCUAAGUGACAUCACAGAUCUUCAUGAAAAGACAACAAAACAACUCAUUAGCUGUUUUAAAACAUUUCAACAUGGGAAUUCACUGGAGUAAUGGCAGCUAGUCUCCAUUAGUGAGAUUGGAGCUAAAUGGGAUGGAAUGCCGUAUUGAUUUUAGACAAAAAUUAUGCAUGGGUGAAAAUGCGCGUUCCCUCGUGAACGCGCACGCAAGAUCGGCUUUAAGUGGGGGGGGGGGGGCGUACGCGCGCGCACGUUGACUCUUUGUGUAGCAGGGUAGAGAAGCCCAAAUACAAUUAGCUACCAUGGCCGACGAAAAGCCCAAGGAGGGAGUGAAAACGGAAAAUAAUGAACACAUCAAUCUCAAAGUGGCUGGACAGGAUGGCUCAGUAGUGCAGUUCAAAAUCAAGAGACACACACCACUCAGUAAACUGAUGAAGGCAUACUGUGAAAGACAGGGUCUGACUAUGAGGCAAAUUCGAUUCCGGUUUGAUGGACAGCCCAUAAAUGAGACAGACACGCCUUCACAGCUGGAAAUGGAGGAUGAAGACACAAUUGAUGUUUUUCAGCAACAGACCGGAGGCCUCUUCUAAAAGGGUGAAGAAUGUUCCUCUUCUCCACCCUUCCAACUUAUACAGCUGCACCUCCUCACUUUUCCCAAUAUCAUGUUCGAGCUGAAUCCGUUCUAAAGUAGACCAUCUCACAGUUUAAUGGAUCUGCUGUUAUACAUUGGGGCUCUGUUUGUUUCAUUUAGAUUUUUUUCUUUUUGUACAUAUAUUAAUUUUGCAAGGCCAAUGCUACAUCUGAAAAUGUUUAAGUGUAUCGCUGCAUAAUGUUCCAAGCUCACUAUCCUGGCACAGUUGGCUUUUACUAGAGGUUAGGUUUCAGAUAUGUUGGUGUUUUGUGCUGUGAGGAGACAAAGGAGUCCAAUAGGAAGUAAGUAAACUUGGGUUUCUCUGUUGUGUCCAUGCAUCGCUAGUGUUCCUAUACUUUAGUCACAUGUUAGCCACAUUGCUAUCUCACUGGAUUUUUGGUAGCCAUAUCCAGCCUUAUCUAUUAUAAACUAUACUAACAGGUUUUAAGUAAACAUGAGCUUAACUUUAAGUAAGGUUCCUGAUUCCUUUGUCCAAAGCUGCACAUCACACAAUAUACAUUAUUACUACAUUAUUAUCUCUCAUACUCUUAAUUCAACUCAUCGCCAUGGUAUUAGCUUGCAAUUAUUUUAUAACUGAGGUGGAGAUGGCUGGUGCUAUACAAACCAAAUCCUUUGGCUGACAAAUUAGGUUAGUUCUAAAGCCAUUUGCAAUAAAUUUGUGACAUAUGCACUAUCCUGUUACCGUGAACCAAAUCUGUAUAUGUGUACGGAAUUCUGCACUGUACCUAAAUAGAUAUUAGAAUAAGGUUAAGAUGGACAUGCAUACAAAUACAAAAUUGCAUCUUAUCUAAUUAGGGUUAGAUAAAUUAAAUGAGACGCAAUGGAAAAGCAGGGUAGCGGACAGGAGGGCGCUUGACGAGGUAUGGACACAAAUAAAUCAUUGCUUCCAUUGGACAAGAAUAUAUGAACAAAUAUCUCCAUUUAUACAUGUAUAUGAUUGGAACUGUAAAACCCUAACUUUUGUUCAUAACCAUACGUGUAUUUUGUUUUGGUGGAAUGGUGAGUUGAGAAUGAGUGGCACCCCAAACAAAAAAGAGAUUUAUAUACCAGCACACCAGUAUUUACAUGACAUGAUAUCAUGAUAUGGAGAGAGAACAACACAACCUUUAUUUUGAACACUUGUACAGUCAUUUGUUUGAUUUGCUUCCUGACAGUCUUCAGGUCAUGAUUAGCCUUACAGUGAAUUUCAGAAAGUUGCGUACCACUUUAGAAGCCAUAAGCCGUUUUGAUUAUGACCGGCAGGGGUUAGACCGCUUGCCUCAUUCCCUGAAAUUAGAGUGGCUCCUCACCCAACUUUUCUGUUAUGUUUCAUAAGAUUUUAUAUCUUUAUAUUAUAAUUACAAAUAUAUACAGUAUAUAGUAGCAGUCAUGGAUAGUAUGGAACUGGUUGGAUUAGGAUGGAAACAAAAUAAGGAAAACCCUGAAGGAUGUUUAAUUCAAGAUGAGUAUCUGUAUUGUUGAAUACAUUUCUUGUUUAAAUAAAGUUGUUCAUUUUUUAAA